AUGGCUGGAAGGAACGAUGUUGUAAUUGUUGCUGCAUUGGAGGCUAUGGCUCAGGCUUUGGAACAUCAGCUGAACGUUGGCGAGAAUGCUGCGUCUCGCAAUUUGGAUACCUUUCAAAGAGAGAAUCCACCUGUUUUCAAGGGUACUAAUGAUCCUAAUGGCGCAUUGACAUGGGUGAAGGAGAUUGAGAGAAUCUUCCGUGUGAUGGAUUGUACUCCAAAUCAGAAGGUUCGGUAUGGGACUUAUAUGCUAGUAGUCAAGAUUGAUGACUGGUGGCUGGAGACUCGUCAGAGGUUGGAGGCUAAUGGUGAGGAGGUCACUUGGGUUGUGUUCAGUAGGGAAUUCUUGAGGAAGUACUUUCCUAAGGAUGUUCGUGGCAAGAAGGAAAUCGAAUUCCUUGAGCUGAGACAAUGGAAUAAGUUGGUUGUUGAGUAUGCUGCUAAGUUUGGUGAGUUGGCUAAAUUAUAUCAACAUUACGAUGGACCAACUGGGGGCAAUAAUGCUCAUUAUCGGGUUAUUAGUGAAAAGCGAGGAAAGAGCCAACAAGGUCGUGGCAAGCCUUAUGAUACUCAAGUUGGCAAAGGUAAGCAGAAAGCUACUGAGGGCAAGAGGACUAGUGGGGGAGAUGCUCUUGCUGGUAUUGUAUGCUUCAAGUAUGGAAAAGUUGGUCAUAAGAGUAACGUGUGCACCGCUGAUACCAAGAGGUGUUUCUGUUGUGGUAAGCUUGGACAUGAGGCGCCUGAGUGCAUGCAUAAGGAGAUGGUUUGCUUCAACUAUGGUGAAGAGGGGCACGUUGUGAGUAAGUUUCAGAAACCCAAUAAGGAGCAAGCUAGUGGGAAGGUGUUCGCCUUCACUCCUUUAAUUACUAUUAUUGAUACUGGUGCUACUCAUUGCUUUAUCUCUGCUGAUUGUGUUGAAAGAUUGAGUCUUGUGUUGUCUGCUAUGAAUGGAGAGAUGGUCGUUGAUACUCCAGCCAAGGGAUCGGAAGAAGUGCAAGUGUUUGUGUUGGUUGCAUCAUUGUCUGUUGAGAAUCAAGCCUUAAUAUAUGAGUUGCAGGUGGUGCGAGAAUUUCCCGAAGUUUUCCCUAAUGAAAUUCCUGAUGUACCGCCAAAGAGAGAAGUUGAAUUUUCUAUUGACCUUGUACCUGGUACUAGACCUGUGUCUAUGGCACCGUAUAGGAUGUCCGCAUCAUAA